ACCGCGGGGAGAGAAGUCCCGUUUUCAGUGUCACGGGUGAGUGGCCGGCUGGCUCGCUCGGUCUCAAGAAGGUCAGUCUAGCCCGUGCAGCGGCUCACACAGCAGCCCCGUCUGCCACAGUGCGCGCUUCCCCUCCGCGACAACGCCGUCACAGUUGUGCGGAACAUCGCUGCAGGAGCAGCAGCCGGCAUACCAUUCAGGACUGUCGCGUUAGUGCCCGAUACCGGCGCCUGUGGAAACGCGCGCGUAAGACGCACGUGCCUGAGGGAACGGAAGGAGUCGCCCCGUCGGGGUGUACGCUAAGGGCGAACCGCCCACACGCCACUGACAGAGCGUGCGGUCGGCGCAGCGACGAUACGGUCGCCAAAGUAGCGGUGUGCUCCCCGACCCUUCUUUUCCCGAGGAAAUCUCAUCAAGCGAAGGAAACCCACAGAGAGAACGCGAGUGGAAGAAGAGAGAAGACGCCCAAGAGCAGGAGGAUGACCACCACCACAGUGUGAGAAGAAAAAAAGAAAACAAGGAAAAAAGGGAGGGAGACGCAACCCAAUUCCUCUGCAGUGCGCCCGUCAUCGCGCAACAGCUGCUUCUGCCUUCUUUCGUCGCCGCGCGCGUUGUCGCUCCUCGUGUUCGCCGGAUUACGGGCCGCCAGCGGGGGUCGUGGACCUUGGCACCGAAAUCGAAGCGCAAUGUUGCGACGAAAAAGAUGCCACGAGAAGAACCUGGCGGCCGCGGUAGUGGUGUUGCUCAGUCUGAAUUCAAUCACCGGAACAUUCGGACAGAUAGACAGGCCAAACAGAGAGCCGAGUGACAGCGCAAAUCGUAUUCCUUGGCCUGUUUACCAGCACAGCACCGCAUCCAACGCUCCCGAGCUCAAUCAGAACAGGCCACAGGAGGCUCCUAAACAGAGACCUCGCCUCUCUGAUUCCCUAUUACCGCCGUCAUUCAUUAAAGUAAUCAAUUCUGUCAGCUCUCCCGACUGGGAAACAACAACGCCAGCAGGGCCUCGAGCCGUUGUUUUGACGACUUCCACGACAACGACCACUACAACAACCACGACUCCGCCACCGCCUCCGCCUCCUCCUCCAUCAACUACGGCAUCACUGCCUACAAGCCCCGCCUACUACCAACGUGGCCAACCACCGGAGGUCGACCCGUUAAGCCCCAGCGCCUGGAAGGCUUUACCAGAGAGCCCUACCUUCCCCAAGAGGUCCAGGCUGCAGGCAAAAAGACGACGAAAGCUGAGGCCCAAGCAGGAAACGACGGCCAAAGAGCGCACGCUGUUCACUACUGAGCAGGCAACCGAGGCCUCCACUACCGCGCAUCCUACGAGAAAGUUUGGCGUGACUCGUCGCCAGCUUCCAUCACUCGUUCGUGGCUAUAGAAGCAAACCGACCAAGACCACGCCGCCUACGACGACGUCACCGAGAAGGGCCUACGUGAGGCCCGCGUUGCCCGGGAGGAAGUACACUCCAAUCAUCCCACGUCGACCUGUGCUGGCGACGACGACCAGCACCACGUCUUCCUCCACAAGUAGUUCGACGACAACGACUACAACAACGUCGACUAGGCGGCCUUUCGUCUUCGGCGAGCGCAAGGUUCCGUCCUGGUACGGCCAGACGAGCACAAGCACCACCUCGACGACAACGAACCGCCCGCUGCUGUCAACUCCCCUUUCCAGACUGGGUCGGAGACCACCGAGCCUACGCUACAAGACCGAUGACUUGUCACCAGGGUUCGGGCCUCGAUCGAGGUUGUCCCUACGUCCACUGCCAUCCGUGAUUAGGGACAACGUGCCUCAGACAGUCGAGAAGGACGAGUUGGAACUAUCUCAGUCGGUUCAAACGCCAAAUGGUCGAAGGCGCCUGGUAAAUGAUGUGCCCGCAAGGGUACAUUUACAUAAGGGUCAAGUACCCGAUGUACCAUCACCGCAAAUAGCCAACAACGAAACAGAGACUGUAAAGUACGAAGGCAGGCACGGUGGCUCUGAUGAAGGCGGUGAAGUAGUACGCUUUGUGGCCAUACCACAUUUCGUGGAAGGAAACGUCCCAUCGAGGAGGGCCGAUUUCAAGGAGAGUCCGAGAGUUCCUUUCAGGAGGAUCUUCAGAAACCCUUUUGUGGUUCCUGUAAGAAGGAGGUUCCCUUACGCCGGACCCGUAGCCGUCUUCCCGCCGUCCCUGUCCUCCGUUGAAGACAGCAGUAGCCAGGACGAAGAGGUUGUCCGCAUUCCGGUGCAAAGGCCAGAGAACCUGAAGUGA